AUGGAUUCUGCACGGCCACGGCAAUCUGACAAUCAAAUAGGUUUGAAUGUUGGCGGUAAGAUCUACCUGACAACUCGGGACACCCUGACGCGGUACCCGAACAGUUUCUUUGCCAUCAUGCUAGACAGUGAUAUCCCUUCUGAUAGAGAUGCCCAUGGGAACUACCUGAUCGACCGGGAUAGCAAGAUAUUUCGCCAUGUAAUGAAUUUCAUGAGGUGUGGCGAACUUGUGCUACCACGGGGAUUUAGCGAGUUCGAUUUACUGGAACGUGAAGCCGACUUCUUUUCGCUCGAGGCGCUUGAAGUGGCGCUAAGAGAAGCUGCAGGCAUGUUGGUGGGGAUUGCGGUUGGUACGGGUAGCACCAGGAGCACGUAUAUGAUAACCAGAGAGGCGUUGAUGAAAGAAAAGGAAUCUUUCUUCACCGACAUGUUGGAUGGAGGGAAGCCAUUUCCAAGAGACACCCAAGGCAACUACGUCAUCAGUAGGAACAAUAGUCUCUUCCAUCAUGUUGUUGACUACCUAGUACGUGGAGGAAUCCUCAAUGACAUCACAUCGAGUGAGCUGAAGCAGCUACGAAAAGAAGCCAAGUAUUUUAGACUACAAAUGUUGGAACAACACAUCCAAAGCGUAAAUAGACAAACAGAUCUCUAG